CAAACUGCAGCGGGCCUCGUCAGUUCAGUAUCGAGCGGGCAAUUCUAAACUAAACGUAUUUGAAAGCAUCGCCGUGGCGGGAUCGCAAAGUGCAUCAUCAUGUGGAUGGUGCUAGUGCUGUUUGCUGUGGUGAUCGGUGUUGUGUUUCUGCACUGGAAGUAUGGUCGAACCUACGAGGUUUCCAAGCAGUAUGGAGGACCACCUGCCUUGCCGAUCCUUGGCAAUGGUUUGUGGUUCCUGAACAAAUCACCCGUAGAAUUCAUUAAAAUAGUUGAUGAUCUCGUUGCGGUUUACGGGGAUCACUUUCGUUUCUGGCAAGGUCCACAGUUUACAAUUUAUGUUGCAAACCCAACGCUUCUUGAGAGUAUCCUCACCAAUCGUCAUCUCACGGAUAAAUCCAGCGAAUACGGUUUUCUCACCGACUGGCUCGGUGAUGGACUACUGCUAAGUAAACGUCACAAGUGGCAUUCCCGGCGGAAAGCCAUCACACCAGCUUUUCAUUUCCGAAUUUUGGACCAGUUCGUAGAGGUGUUUGACAGAAAUGCAGCCGUCCUCGUCGACAUUUUGGAGCAAUACGCCGAUAGCAACAAGUCCUUGGACGUCUUUCCGUUCGUGUUGUUGUACACUUUGGAUGUUAUUUGUGAAUCCGCAAUGGGAACAUCAGUCGAGGCACUCAGAAAUGCUGAUUCAGAAUACGUACUGGCGGUCAAGGAGGCGGCCACUAUCUCUAUUACACGUAUGUUUGACUUUAUCCGACGGACGCCGUUUUUCUACUUCACUCCGAGUUAUAUGCGACUGAGAAAGCUGUUGAAAAUCCUGCACGGUUACACGGAUAACGUUAUUAUUUCCCGUCGGAAGCAACUGAUGGAACACGCUAACAAUGGUUCCAUCUCAACGGAAAAUGAGAACAUCGAGCUCGGAUUGAAAAAGCGAGAAGCGUUCCUAGAUCUGUUGCUUCAGACUAAGAUCGAUGGUAAACCUUUGACCAAUCUAGAAAUCCGAGAGGAAGUCGACACUUUUAUGUUCGAAGGCCACGAUACUACGACGUCGGCCGUGUCCUUCACGCUGUACAACCUUGCCAAGUAUCCUGCGGUUCAGCAGAAAGUCUACGACGAAGUGAUAUCCGUAAUCGGAGAAGAUCCAGCGAAGCAAAUCGAACUGUCUCACCUGCAGGACCUCAAUUAUUUGGAGAUGUCAAUCAAAGAAACCCUUCGACUGUAUCCGUCCGUUCCGAUGAUCGGUCGACGAUGUGUCGAAGAGGUAACCAUUGAAGGUAAAACGAUUCCGGCCGGAGCGAACAUCAUCAUCGGCAUUUUCACCAUGGGACGGGAUCCAAACUACUUCGACAAUCCGCUGGAGUUCAUUCCCGAACGAUUCGGUGGCGAAAUGUCGUUGGAAAAGUUCAACCCAUACAAGUACAUUCCCUUCAGUGCGGGACCUAGAAAUUGCAUCGGACAAAAAUUCGCUAUCAAUGAAAUGAAAAGUGUGAUAUCGAAACUUUUACGCCACUACGAAUUUGUCCUACCGAAGGACGGCACCGAACCCCUGCUGGCAUCUGAGCUGAUUCUGAAACCUCACCGCGGAGUCCCGCUGCAGAUUCGACGCAGAAAUAUUAACCGAAUCUAGGGCGACCCGGUUUGUCCCCCUCAAUUAGUAAUAACAUUAUACCAAACUCCAUGUGAUAGAAUGAGAUUUAUUAAAUCCUUUCAAUAAGAUUUGCCCUUGCUUGGCUGUAAGGUGAA